AACAAAUGCAAUGCAAUGCAGAGAGUUGUUAUGGGAUCCCUGCGAUAUGUGUAACUGUCAACAAGAGAAGCGUAAAGAGCACCUGAACGUGAUAAAUGUGCAAUUUGUUGUGUCUGUGAUAUACAGUGAUAUUUUCUUUAAUAGAUUUAGUUUACUAGAAGUUUUAUAUUGAUCAUGGAGGUCAACUGAGUCUCCUUUCUGAAGGAAAUAGUUCACCAGGUUUGUCCUCGAGCUCAUGCAUGUUGCGGGAGGUGGCGCGAUAUCACUUCAAGGAGAACAAUCUGAAGAUUCUCAGACUCCAGCAUCCACACCACCUUCACCAGAUCAAACGAGAAACGACCAUGACGGUUCAAGUAAAUCGAAUUCUACCUCAGCAUCACCAGUUCCUGAAGAGUCUGGAACAAGAGCUGAGGCUGUUGUGGCUGACAUCAGUGGUGCAUCAGCUGACGCAUCGAAUGAUGCACAGGCGGCUGCACCAGAUGAAGCCACGGUUGUAGCACCAGCUACAAGGGAGGUUGUCAGAGCCAGACACAGACCCCUCUCAGCAGACAGGACGCGUCACAUCCGCAGCCAGUGGCUGUCGCAGUCUACCAACCAAUCCACAUCCAGUAGUAGACUAAGUGUAUUGGGAUGCAGCAAUGGCAGGUUUCACCUUCAGUGGAACAUCCAGGAAGCCACGAAUCCUAAUGACUGGAUUGCCUUGUGCUGUGUUGGUACUGAGAAGAGUGUAAGCACAAAUGGUUGUCGCUGAGGCUGCAGAAAAGAAGCUGAGCAGAAUUUGGAGUUGAGAAGAGACAGCUGACUUGUGAGAAGGUUUGAACGUGAAUCAACUUAUGGGAAACUAGGAAGACAUAUUAAAAUGAAAAUUAUAGCUGUUAAACUUGAAGAUGUACUCAGCAGUACAAGUGAUCAUGACCAUUGAAAUGUGUGUAAAGGAUGUAAGAUUGAGCUAAGGGAAAAGUUAGUUAUAGCAUCAGAGAAACGAACUCCUGUGGAAUGAGUGUUUCUCUGUAGAUGCAGGUAAUAGCAAUGGGGAAAAAGUCACGAGAUGAUUAAUUUAAUGCGUUGUACAUGGAAUAGUGUAAGAAAUCAUUACAUUGGGAACAUCAUCUAAAAUGUGGCCAGGAAUCUAACAAAGUAAUAUGAAAACUCUGAUAUAAGCACCUCUACUUUGGAGCCUGUUUUCUGAUUCAUCUCUAAUGCAUUUACAUCUCCUCUGGGCAUGUCCUAGCCAUCAGUAUGUAUGUGAUAGUUGAGAUGACGUCUUGAAUCUUACAAGACUUUCAGCUAAGACAAAGUUGUCAGUGCUUGUUUAGUUGAUGCAUCCUUGAUCAUUGUCAUAAAUCUACUAGCUAGUUACUGUACCUAGUGUCAAGACAGAAUAGAGUUUCUGAGCAAACACUAUCUACUAAAUGCAAUAGCGAGAUGUAAAGUAAACUUCAGGUAAAUUAAACUUACUGACAGGAGGUCAUGUUUAUUGUCUAAGAAAAACACUGGUACUUCAAUGUGAUUGCUGAACUUUGUAUGUAUCAGGUGAACACAGUGUCAAUGAAAACAGUAUGUCAGACACUACUUAAACAUAACAUGCAUGAGAGAUAUUUUCAUUCUGGUUGGUGCA